AUGCAGACCAGUGAGAACUAUGCGGACCGGCUGGAAAGAAAGCUGCAAGCCGACGGUUUCAAGUUCAUGGAAGGCUCAGAUCCCACUAUUUGGCGGGUUAGAGCCUUGUCAAGUGGUGUAGUUCUAGACACAUUUCGGCCCACAGCUCUACAAGAUCCGUCCUUUGACGGCGCGAGCGCGGCACACCUCCGAGAGCAUUUUGAAAAGUGGGCGGCAGCAGCAGCCCGCGACGAGCAUGGGAUGAUACUCGAGGAUGCGCGCAUACGAACAACAUCCCGAUAUCGCUUCAUCAUUGAAGUGCACCAAGAGGCCGUGGAGUCCGUCCUGAGCGCGCCGGACCCGACAGAUCCGGAGAGCUCCCUGAACAAGACCGGGGUUGUGCCCCUGGUUAACAGCGAGUGGGACCCAGAGGAGCAGGACUCGGAGGACGACACUCACUACCCGCCGAUUGAAGGGUGCACUUUGUUUAACGUCGGCUGGCUGAAUCUGCUAUACGAAGAUGCGGAACUGAACGCCUUCUCUGAGCUGAAUAACUUCCACUGGGAUGAUUAUUACAAGCGUCCCCCUGAAAUCAUUGACCUUGAAUCUUUCGGGCGAGCGUGGGACCCGUCGUUCGAGGGUGCGACCGCCGCCGGCCUGCGCCCACAAUUCCGGCAGUGGGCCGCAGCGGCCGCCUAA